GCACUUAAAACUGGUAGCCCCCAAGCCCCAGGUACUAUCAAGCCACUUUUCUGUUAAGUUUUUGGAGCAUCUCCAUUAGCCCACAGAAAAAGUGCAAACACUCGGCAUUCAAGGCCUCAUGAUCUCACUGCAGCCUACUUUGGGGCUGAUUACCUCUCUCCCUUCAUACAUUCCAUCUCCAGGGGCCCAAGAAGGCUGGGUAAGGAACCCAGACAACAAGGACCAGCUGGAGAAGGAAGGGGAAAUUGCUAUCCUGCCACAAGAGUACAGACUGGGCCUUUGCAUUGCCAGAACCUUCCUUUUUUUCCCCAGAGAAGAUGCAAGUCUAGAUUUCAAUGUGAAAAUUCUCUCAAUUUAAAAUUGUUGGCUGUGAAUUCAUAUUUUUAAAAGACUGAGCAAUUGAAAAACAUAUUUGCAGGUGGGAUCCUGCCCAGCCACAGCUGACCUCUAUUUUCUCUUCUUGGCAGGGUUACUUUAGACUUUCUUUGCCUGUAGGUAGUGUGGUCUCUCUUGCCUGGAAGUGUGACACUACAUUAUUGCCUCAAGAAAUAUUAAAACAAAUCCAACAGGGGUUUUGGAAACCCUGACUGUAAAAAAGUUACUGAAUUUAAAGGUUUUUCAUUGUUCCUGUGAAAAGGCCAAUAGUUGGAUUUAAAGUGAUAUAAAGGAAUACUACCCACCUGUGCACAGUGAGUGUGCACCAUGAGAAGCUUUUUUGAGCUGAAAUUUUAUUUAUCAAUGGACGUUUUAUUACAUAUAUUAAUAUAUUGUCAUUUCACAGGACAAAUUAGUCAGGAUGUCCACGAUUUCAAAGCACUUUGGAUUGAAGUACAAAGAAGAAUCAUACAUGUUUAAGGAGCUUGAGAAGGUUCGCAAGGAGACUAAAAAGGAUUUUCUCCUACUCAAGCAGAAGUUGGCCUCCAGGCUGCCUGUGGUUGAAGUCUCCGCUUUCGGCCCCCAGAUCCCCGGCCCGGUCCGCCUUGGGGAGAAGAGAAGCGUUUGCCGAGAGGGGCCCCUGAAAACAUCAGGUUCCCCUCGGGCCAAAGGCCCUGCGGCCCCCGAUGCAGCCCUGCGGCAGCCGGUGCCCCGAGAUACAGCGCGGCCCCCAGGCCCGAGCCAGGCGGCCGCUCCCGGGAAGACGCAGCCCUUCUGCCCCCAGGACUUCUACUUGCGGAGCUCCGCGUUCCUCCGACACCCGCCCCUGAAGAAGCCGCCGGUCAUCGCUUCCAGGGCCGGCACGUCCAGACCCGUGGUCCUGAGGCCGCCGCCCGCGCGCAGGGAGAAGGCCCCGGCGCGUCGGGGUCCCAGGAGCCCGCGGCCCGCGGCCCGCAUUCCCGUCCAGGGCCCGGCCCGGGGGCGCGAGGCGAGCCAGAGGCCGGCCCCGCUCGGCAAGGCCCGUAGGGCCCCAGAGAGGAAGAGCAGCUCCCCUUCCAGCGACGCCAGCGACGCCAGCGACGCCGAGGCGGCCGGCCGGCGGAGAGGGACGAUUCGCACCCGCUUCCUCCGCGAGGGCUCGGGCGGAGAGCUGCGGCGGGCCUCCGGGUCACUUUUCAAAACGGACCUCAAGAGCAGCGCGCCGAGCGACGCGCGCGAGGCCGCCCCGCAGACCCCGCAGCCAGCGCGGGCGGUCCCGACGUCCAUCGAGGAGAUCAUCGCCUCCCUGCAGUCCGAGGCCCAGCUGGCCUCCGACCAGACUAUCCAGGAGCUUAUCCAGAGCGUCCUCGGCCGGAACUACGACAUUAAGAUGGAAGAUAUUUCCUUAAUGGGAAAAGUGUACUGGUACAAAACACCUCAAGUGCAAGCAGAACAAGGACUACAGAUAAGUAUUAAGGAAACUCAAACGAAUGUGCUUGAGAACGUUCCUGAAGCUGUAUCAAGUAUUUCCCAGAUUGAACAAGAGGAUAUAUCAGAAUGGGGAGUCUCAGAUGCAGAAAGUGUAUUAUUUAAACCCCAGGACACUUUGGAAAUUCAGCCAACAGAUGAGUCAAGUAAACCUUUGGAGGGUGAACAGCCCAUAGCUGAUUCAAAAGCAGCUGAGCAGAUGUCUUUAAAGGUGAAAUCAUCUGAAUUGUUGCAAAUCAAAGGAAAAGAAGUUAAACGAACACGAAAAAGUAAAUUAGGAAUUCCACAACAGAGACAAACCAAGGUUUCAAAACCACUGUGUGAUCCAAAACUACCUAAAAAAAAAAUUCCACAAGACUACUCCACUCCAACCCUUCACGAACUGUGCGCCACUGUCCCCGCCCAGGAGCUGCCCAUUGAUUUGCGCCUGGCUUCUCGAGUGUAUCAUACAGCCAACAAGAAAGGCCACAGUACUCUUCUUGGAGUGUUUGGAACCUCUUUCUUAGACAACCGCUACACAGAUGAAGAGCAAAGAGACAGAAUACUGCAAGGAAUUCCUUCAGUGGGUGACAAUCAAGAACACGUUGGUGUCCUUCCAACAACACCAGGGAUACCAGCUGGCUUGGCACCAGGAAUUGGACAGAAUGCUCACAAACCACAUCUGCUUCUAUCAGGAGAGGAAGUGUCUGCUUACCCAGGAUUUACAAAGUUGUUUUGGAAUCUAACUUCACCCAAAUUUUCUGCUCCAGUAUCUGUCAUAAAAGAAAUCGUAUACCCCAAAUAUGAGAGUGUGCAAGCAAGCAGAAUUUUAAUUGAGAGAUUUAUAUCUGAAAGCAAGGAAAGUGUCAUUACUUUAAAUCAACGUAGGAAAAGUUCUAGGUUUUUCUUCUUAAGAAAAUCUGCAUCAUUUGAAAAUAUCCAAAAAUGUUUCAGCACACAAUCGCCAGAGUUAAAGAGAGCAAACUCUGCAGUUGAGUUGAAGAAGGAGGAGACUGUAGCUCCACUGAAGAUUCAGGAUGACAUGCAAAGCGAUAUCAAAGAGGUGAUGUUUCAGAAAGCAAAGGAGCUGGAGCAUUGGAUGGCUAAGCAAAAUGAAACUGAGGAACCUGCCCCUGUGAAAGAAGAUAUAGAUACUAUUUUGGACAAUAUUCAGGACAUACACAGUUCAAGAGACCUGUCUCUCUCUCUCAUUGAAGCAUCUAGACAAGCUGGCAUUACUUACAUUGUUUAUCCCAAGAAAAAGAAGAUGAAACUGAAGAAAGGACUGAAAUUCAGUAAACUUACAGUUGUGUAUGAUGAAUUAUCCAAGCCUCCAAAAACUCUUACAAGAUCGGUAUCUCAUGGAAUCCUUCCCGGACAGAAGAAAUUUUUGCUCAGGAUUCCGCUGUAUGAACGUCAGCUUCGGUGUCCCAGCCUACCUUUGUUUUUAAAUUUUGACAAAUUUGUCCACAGUAAGGGAGGAAUUCCAGAAAAUAGUGAUCCUCAAAAAUGGGCUCUUGAAGUGCUCUCUAGGCCUGAACGUGAGAAGACAGCAACUCUAAGAGAGAAAGUUGUUAAAAUAUCUGUUGAUAAAGAUUUGCCUGAAAGAGUGAAAAAACCACCACCAAAACUAGAAUUGAGUGAUUCUUUGAAGACUGGUCUUCCUCCAGACGUCAUUAAAUAUUAUGAAUCUGAAGUGGAGAUCUUGACUGAAGAAAUAAAUAAUAAGAAGAAAUAUCCUGCAUUUUUAUAUUGUAGGCGUGGAGCUCUUUAUAGGAAACUGGGAAAGUUACAGAGUGCCAUGAAUGAUCUACAGGAAGCUAUACUUUUGGAGCCAUUGUUUCUCAAUGCUUAUUGGCAUCGACAUUUCAUUUAUCUUUUCCAAGACAAAAUUAAUGAAGCUUUGGAUGACUUGAAUUAUAUAAAUAGAUGUAAUAAAAAUAAUGCAGAGGCAUAUUUUUCAAGGGCAGAAAUUUUCAGAGGAAAAAAUGAGAUUACUUUGGCAAUUCUAAACUACACUCAGGCAAUCAAGUGCAGGCCCACGGAUGCUGAUAUGUAUUUCAGGAGGGGAGAGAUGUAUGAAAUAGAAAACAAAGUACUGGCUAUUGAUGACUUUUCUAAAUGUAUUUUUUAUGAUCCCAAAAGAACAGAUGCAUUAUUUAAACGUGGGAUAUUCUACUAUGAAAAUGAAAACUGGAUUGCAGCUGAACAGGAUUUUACAGCCUUGUUGAACAUAGAUCCCAAAAAUUCUCAAGCGAGGACAUACCGAGGGAGAGCAUAUUUUAAACGGCACUUUUAUAAACAAGCAACUCAAGAUUUUUCUAUUGCAAUUCACUUAGACCCUAAUAACUGGUUAGCAUUGUAUUAUAGAGCCUGCUUAUUUAGAAAGAGUAACCCUCUUAGAGCACUACAGGAUUAUAGUGUUUCAGCUCUCAUAAAUGAUGGCUAUGAGAAUCUUGCUUGUUUUCUACAUCGGGGAAUACUCUAUGCAGAUCUCAAACUUUGGUUGCUAGCAAUUUGUGACUUUGAAGCUGUUAUUUCUCUAGAAAGAACUGUUACUUUGCCUUAUAUAAAUAUUGGCCUCAUAUAUCUGCUACACCUGGAUAACUACAUUAAAGCUAUAUGGUAUUUUUCUGAAGCUAUUAGACAUGACCCUUCAUAUAUUCAAGGCUAUAUUUGUCGAGCAGAAGCCUAUCAUAAGAUGCAUAAAUUGAAAAAGGCAGUAAGAGAAUUGUCUCAUGCUAUCCACCUUCAGCCAGAUGGAAUCCAACUGUAUAUCCUAAGAGGACAGUAUCUUCUUAGGAUGAAACGUUAUGAUCUUGCAAAGUUCACUAUUUAUCAAGUAGCAGAAAUGAACAAAGGUCUCAUUGAGUUGAGUCCUACACAGCAAGCACUCAUUUAUUCAUUUUGUGAAAACCAUGAUAAAGCUAUUCAGGUCUUAGAAGGCGUCAUUAUGAAUAAGCCUGAGGUCACCAUGUAUGCUUUGUUAGCAAAAACUCAAAUGAAGGCCAAGAGAAACAAGGAAGCCAUGAAAAUGUUUAAAAAGGCGUUGGACAUCUUUUCUCACUCUGACAAAGGAGCAGAUGCUGUGGCUGUUUCAGCAGACUGUCUGUACCACUUGGGUCUUUGUUACAUGGAGGAAGGCAGCUUACAAAUGGCUUUUGAUUCUUUUACAAAAGCUAUAAAAGCAAAUCCUGAUUUUGCAGAAGGCUUUUAUCAACGUGGGCUUUGUAAAGUAAAACUCCAAAAGGAUAGCUCCAUUCUGGAUUUUAAUCGUGCGAUUAACCUUGAUCCAAAACAUUACCAGGCAUAUUUAAGUCGAGUAGCCUUCUAUGGUUUGAAAGGUAGAUACUCCAAAGGAAUCUUGAAUUGUAGUGAGGCCAUCAAAAUUUAUCCUCAGAGUGUGCGUGCCUAUAUCUACAGAGGAGUUCUGAAAUACUACAACAAGACUUAUAAACUAGCGAUUACAGACUUAACUACAGCUAUCAACAUGGAUAAAAAUAGUUACAUAGCAUUUUAUAACAGAGCCUUAUGUUAUACCAAGAUAAAUGAACUUCGAAUGGCCUUAACAGAUUAUGGCAUUGUGCUUCUUCUUGAUGCUGGAGGAACUCUGAUUUUAAACACCUUCAUUAAUCGUGGACUCAUCUACACAGAACUAGGGCAAUUCAGUUUUGCAUUAGAGGAUUUUAAACAAGCUGCAUUGAUGAGCAAGACAAACGUGAGCCUUUGUCAAGCUACUGCCAUGUGCUGUCACAGAAAUAAAGAGUUUGAAGAAGCUGUCAAUUUUUUCACAAGGGCUCUUAAAAUUGAUCCAUGUUUUCCGGAUGCUUACAUUGGACGGGGAAAUUCUUACAUGGAAUAUGGACACGAGGAGGCCACCAAACAAGCACAGAAGGACUUUCUGAAAGCAUUGCAUGUUAAUCCAAUGUAUACAAAAGCCAGAAUUUGUUUAGGCUAUAAUUUGCAGGCCCAAGGAAAAUUCCAGAAAGCUUGGAACCACUUUACCAUUGCCAUAGAAGUUGAUCCAAAGAACUACUUACCAUAUGAAGGAAGAGCUGUGGUCUGUCUUCAGAUGGGUGAUUAUUUUGCUGCCAUUCAGGAUAUAAAUGCUGCCAUAAAGAUAAAUACUACAGCAGAAUUCUUAACAAACCGUGGUGUGAUUCAUGAAUUUAUGGGUCAACAACAGAACGCAAUGAGAGACUAUCAAGCAGCGAUUUUGCUAAACCCCACAUACUCACUGGCUUACUUUAAUGCAGGAAAUAUCUACUUUCACCACAGGCAGUUUUCCCAGGCUAGUGACUACUUCUCAAAGGCUUUAAAGUUUGACCCAGAAAAUGAAUGUGCUACUAUGAAUCGAGCUAUUGCAAAUACAGUAUUAAAGAAAUAUGAAGAAGCAAAAGAAGAUUUUGCACAUGUAGUUGAAAGCUGUCCGUUUUGGGCUGCAGUGUAUUUUAACAGAGCAUACUUCUACUGUUGUUUAAAGCAAUAUGAACUAGCUGAAGAAGACCUCGGUAAAGCUCUCUCUUUGAAACCUAAUGAUGCUCUAGUGUAUCAUCUUAGAGCGGAAGUUCGUGGUAAAAUAGGUCUGACUGAGGAAGCUAUGGCUGACUAUAACCAAGCACUUGAUCUUCAAGAACAUGCCUCAGUGGUAUGACUACAUAGACUGUGGAUUCUCUUACACAAUGUUCUUCCAAAAAUUGAAAUGUAUUUGUCACU